UAUCCUAGCAACAGAAAGAGAAAGAAAAAUGGCGGACGCGAGUUCCCCAAAUCCGAGCAGUGAGCCCGAAAAACUUGCUCCUGAAUCCUCUGAUUCGUCCGCUGCAGAACUACAAAAGACGAUUUCAGAUGCUUUUGAUAUAUUUGAUCACGAAUCUAACAAGACUGUCGAUGUUAGGGAGGUUGGAACAAUUGUAAGAUCCCUGAAGUGUUGUCCUACUGAAGGAGAGCUUCACGAUAUUCUGGCUGAGGUAGAAGAGGAAGAACCAACAGGGUAUAUAAGAUUUGAAAAAUUUGAACCUAUCAUGUUGAAAACACUAUUGGAGAGAAGGUAAGAAAUACAGGGCCUUGAAAUAUGCUGAUCCUUAGGUUAUGGGGGGCGGUUGGGGGGGGGGGGUUACCAGUCAGGAGGAGUAAUUGUAGAAGUACUCCUUAUUAACUUAAUGGGAAACCAAUAUAUGAGAUUUGGGGAAUUUUGGGCAAAUACAGAAUUACCAGUAUGUAG